CGGAGGGUGGCUCUGGAGUCAGAAGUGGGCCGCGGAUCUGAGCGUUUCGGAAACCUUUCAGAGCCCAACAUAUAAAGCUGAUACAAGCAGAGCAGAUCUGGUCGGGUCCUCAGACGCUGUGUCUGGAGCAAUGUUACUGAAAACAGUGCCCUUGCUGGUGCUGGUGGCCCAGGUCCUGAUGCUGGAGAAUGGGCUCCUGCGAACGCCGCCCAUGGGCUGGCUGGCCUGGGAACGCUUCCGCUGCAAUACUAACUGUGAUGAGGACCCAAAGAACUGUAUCAGUGAGCGACUUUUCAUGGAGAUGGCUGACAGGAUGGCACAGGAUGGAUGGCGAGACCUGGGCUACACAUACCUCAACAUUGAUGACUGCUGGAUCGGUGGGCGCGAUGCCAGCGGCUACCUGGUGCCUGAUCCCAAGCGCUUCCCUCACGGCAUUUCCUUCCUGGCUGACUAUGCUCACUCCCUAGGCCUGAAACUGGGCAUCUACGAGGACAUAGGCAACUUAACCUGCAUGGGUUACCCAGGCACCACACUAGACAAGGUAGACCAAGAUGCUCAGACCUUCGCUGAGUGGAAGGUAGACAUGCUGAAGCUGGAUGGCUGCUUCUCCACCCCCAUGGAACGUGCCAUAGGGUACCCCAAGAUGGCUGCUGCUUUGAAUGCCACGGGUCGCCCCAUUGCCUUCUCCUGCAGCUGGCCAGCCUACGAAGGGGGCCUUCCCCCGAGGGUGAACUACACUCUGCUGGCAGACAUCUGCAAUCUCUGGCGUAACUAUGACGAUAUCCAGGACUCCUGGAAGAGCGUGCUCUCCAUUCUGGACUGGUUUGUGCAAUACCAGGACAUACUGCAGCCAGUGGCUGGCCCUGGGCACUGGAACGACCCAGACAUGCUGCUCAUUGGAAACUUUGGCCUCAGCUUCGAGCAAGCCCGAGCCCAGAUGGCCCUGUGGACAGUGCUGGCAGCCCCUCUCUUCAUGUCCACAGACCUGCGUACCAUCUCCUUUCAGAGCAUGGACAUUCUGCAGAAUCCACUCAUGAUCAAAAUCAACCAGGAUCACUUAGGCAUCCAGGGACGCAGGAUUUACAAGGACAAAUCUCAUAUUGAAGUGUACAUGCGGCCCCUGUCCGGUGAGGCCAGUGCCUUAGUCUUCUUCAGCCGCAGGACGGAUAUGCCUUAUCACUACCACUCCUCCCUUGCCCAGCUGAACUUCAGCAGGUCCAUAAUAUAUGAGGCCCAGGAUGUCUACUCAGGUGAUGUCAUCAGUGACCUCCGGGUUGAAACCAACUUCACAGUGAUCAUCAACCCUUCAGGAGUAGUCAUGUGGUACCUGUAUCCCAUCAAGAACCUGGAAAUGUUCCAGCAGUAAGGAGCUGGGACAUGUGACAGAAUGUGGUGGCACCACUGAGCCCAGACCAUGGAGCCUCAGCAUGCCAAGGGCAAGUGAGCAGGAUUCUCUGCUCCCCAGGCCUAACUUGGUGGCCUGACCUCAUCAUACCCAAAGUACAAUCUCAGAGCCAGGUUCUAUGCCCUGCCCAAGUGUAAAAGCCCUUUUGGAAACUUCUCUUAGGGCAAUUUCCUGUGGCCUUCCUGGCCUCUACCUCAUAUGCAUGGCCACACAGGUGUUACUGAACAGCUCUGGCCUCCUGAGCCCCAUGCCUAUCAGGACUCUAGCCUCUGACCUUGUUGUUGAUUCUGAAAUCACGAUUUGGAAUUUUUCUAAUUAGGAGUAGAGAAAUCUGACCUCUUACCAGGAACUCCCAUGAAUCGUUUGAUCAGCUUUCCUACCUAUAGAAGGCCUUACAGGCUGAUGCUACUGGGGAAAGGAAACCUUGGCUCCCUUAAUUCAUCAAUAAACCUGUUUUUAAUCAA